AUGGAGCCCAUAGACAUUGUGCGUCUCGAGGAGGCGGUGGUGGUUUUCUAUCGCUCCACCUCUCAGGAGCAAGCACAUUUACAUGAAUGGCUUACGAAAGUGCAGUUGAGUGCCCAAGCCUGGCAAUUUUCCUGGCAAUUAAUGCAACUGGGAAAGUCUCAAGAAGCUCAGUUUUUCGGUGCCAUUACGCUGCAUUCAAAGCUAAUGAAAUUCUGGCAUGAGGUGCCUGCAGAAAAUCGCGAUGAACUAAAACAGAAAAUCCUAGAAACUAUUAUACAAUUUGCUGGCGGUCCUAAAUUAGUUUUAAAUCGUUUGUGUAUAGCAUUAAGUGCUUAUAUUGUCCACAUGCUAAAUGAUUGGCCUACAGCAAUUGAAGAUGUUAUCAACACUUUUCAAAAUCAACAAAUACCUAAUGUUACCAAAGAAAUGCAAUUAUGGAUUAUGCUGGAAGUGCUACAAGCCAUACCAGAAGAAAUGCAAGCCAUAUAUACUUCAGUUAAACGUAGUACCCUUCGGGGAGAGGUAGCCAAGCGUGCUCCUUUAGUUAUGGAGACUACAGAGACAUAUUUACAAAUGCAAUUAGAUAGAGAAUGGGACGCAGAUGCUUACGGUAAUAUGACUAAAGCAGUGAAGUGUGCAUCUACAUGGGUUAAAAAUAUAGGCUUUUCGAUAGAAAAUUGUCAAAACAUCACGGCUUUGCUAUUAAAAAUGGUGAACAAAUGUUAUUGGCCUUGCGUACAGGAUCCUGAUGGUGAUGGUUGCAUGUCGGCCGAUGAAAACGAUUUGGCCGAAGUUUGCCUCAAGACUUUGCUUUAUAUUAUCAUACAACCCGAUUGUCAUUUGUACCCAAUUACAGCUUCUAUCCUUAUAAAAAUGUUCCUUGAUUCUUUGUGCGACAUAACCAAAAUGGAAUGGAAGCCAGAUAAUAAUAACGAGGAUAUUGUGUCCAGCAUUUACACACUAUUUGUCUCGGCUGUAGAACGCCAUUCUACGCUGCUCUUGACUGGUAUAACCACUUCAGAUCCGGAAUUGUCAUCGUUAUGUUCACGUUUAGUGAACGAAAUUUUGCAGUGCACAGAUAAACCCGGCAUUUAUCCGGUGGAGGAAUCUUGCAGUAGUAUGGCAUUGGGGUUCUGGUAUUUAUUACAAGAUGAAGUUUUCGCCAUUGCAUAUGAAGCAGAACGUUUUAAAUGCUGGGAAUAUAUCAGGCCGUUAUACGCCCAUCUAACUCGUAUAUUGGUAAGAAAAGCAGAACAACCCGACGAGAAUUCAAUCGAUAAAUGGACUUCCGAUGAUUUGGAGACUUUCCGUUGUUACAGACAAGAUAUAUCUGAUACCUUUAUGUAUUGCUAUGAGGUCUUACGCAAUGAUAUUUUAGAUAUUUUGUCUACGGUUUUAGACGAAACCAUCGCUCAGUUGCAAACAAAUCCCACCUUGUGGACAAAGCUUGAAGCUUGUAUUUAUGCUUUUCAAUCAGUAGCUGAACAUUUCGACGGCGAUGAAACAAAACAAAUACCAAAACUGAUGCGUGUACUCAAUGAAAUACCUUAUGAAAAAAUGAAUGAAAAGUUAUUGGGUACCGCUCUUGAAACUGUUGGUUCUUAUUGCCAGUGGCUCAAGGACAAUCCAAUAUAUAUACCUUCAGCUAUUCAGCUGUUAGUGCGCGGCUUGAGUUCGCCAAUGUCAGCUCAAGCUACUCUAGGUUUAAAGGAGCUUUGUCGUGAUUGCCAACUUCAAAUGAAGCCGUACGCAGAAUUUUUAUUAAAUGAGUGUCAAGCCGUUCUAACCUCUGGCCAAAUGAAAAAUUCAGAUUGUGUACGUUUGAUGUUUAGUAUAGGAAAGUUAAUGAGCUUGUUAACAUCUGAUAAAAUACCUAGUUAUUUGGAUAUCAUUGUAAGCCCAUGUUUUGAGGAGUUAACAGCUAUAUGCCAGGCUGAAACAAAAACACCUCAAGCUCGGAUACGAACUAUAUUUCGUUUAAAUAUGAUAUCGACUUUAUUCUCAUCACUGAAUACUGAUCUUGAUGAUGAUGAUCAGAUUGAAGAUUUACAAAAUGUUCAACCAGUUCUCAUAGUAAUGCAAAAGACAAUGCCAAUUUUUCGUAGAAUUGCCGAACUCUGGGUUGAAGAACUAGACGUUUUAGAAACUGCUUGCUCGGCUCUUAAGCAUGCCAUUGUUAAUUUGAAAUCUAGUUUUAAACCCAUGCUGCAAGAUCUUUGUUACUUUAUAGUAGCCAUUUUUCAAACUAGAUGUUGUGCUCCAACUCUGGAAAUAUCAAAAACCGCCAUAGUUAUAUUUUAUAAAGACGAAGGCUGUAAAUCAUUAAUGCAAAGAUUACUGGUGGAAUUUGUUUCGCAUAGUUUCAAACUAUUUGAGUCAACGCCGGAAAAUGGUUUUUCAAACAUAGCGGAAACCAUAGAAAUGUUCUAUGCAUGCCUGCUGCAAAUAGUCAAAAAAAUACCUCAGUCUCUUGAUGAUAAGGCUAUCGCUUACGACCGUUUGAUCUUUUAUGCUCUGAAGGCCAUGACUCUACCGGAAAAUGGACCAAUACGUACCAGUAUUCAGUUCUUAUCACAUUUUGUCAUGCAAUCACGUAAUUAUCCCCAAAUGACUGUGGCCGUGCUAACGGCCGGUGAAGAAAUUUUAAAAACGGCUGUUGUGUGUGUGGCUUGUGUUACGCCACGCCAACAAGUGGAAAAGUUUGCCGAUAUAUUUCUGAGCGUUAAUAAAAAAUAUCCCGCAGAAUUAGCCAUAUGGCUAAGAAAUAUUAUGCUUCAAUCACCGAAUUUCCCAACAAAUCUUGUAGAUGAAGCUGAGAAAAGUAGAUUCAUAACCCAGAUAAUAAGGGAAAAAGUGAAUAAGCGAUUACUUCAGCAGCAUAUAACGGAAUUUGCUAUUAAGGCACGUGGACUAUCGGAUAAAUUUCAAUAAAUUAUUUUCCCCUUUUUUCUGUUUAUCUGACAACUUCUUUCAUAUACAGCUCAACACUAUUCUUUAAUAUUUGAUAGAUUUGGUAUUAACCCACAAUAGUGAAAAUAAUUAUUGAAAUUAAUUUUGUUUCAUUUUAGUUUAAGCAAAUUACACUGUGAAAAUAGAGCAAUUUAAUUUUUUUUAUUUUUUUACUUAAUAUGAUCUUACUUUAACAUAGUAUUAAGUACAUAAAAUAGAUAUUAGUUUUUCUAUUCAUGUGCACCAUCAUACUUCGUAUCGUAAGUGUAGAAAAAACAAAACUGUAAACUAUUUGCUUUGCAUUUUUUUUUAGCAAUUUAAAGAAAACAAGUUUUUUAAAAGCAAACUAUGUGUAUUUGAAAACCUAUAAGAAUGUGAUAUCAACUGCUUAAAAUAAAAGGUCAAAUUUUUAGGUG